UUACCCCAUUAUCCAUUGGUGUUGUUAAGAUGCUUGGUAGCUAGCAUGUUUUAGUAUUUAGCAUUAAUUAGUAUUAAUGAAACUCGUAUAUAGGAAGUGUUGAGUUAAUGCAACUCGCGAUAUUAUUGAAUCAAACUCGCGUGUCGAUUUAGUACAUAAUCGAUUAUCCCUGACCAGUGUAAUGUACCCGAUAUUAAAUCGUUUCGUGCGAUCGAAUUAUUUAUUUUAAUUUUUUUUUCUAUUUUUUUUUUUUUUUUUUUUUUUUUUUUUUGGUUUAAAAACCGAGUCUUGGUGAAAUAAUGAACGAGGAUGAUUCCAACGAAGGGUUUUUACCCAACAUCAAACAGCCUUUUUUCACCGCAUACGAUAUUCAAAAUGGAAACACAGUAAUUAAAUCUAGUUUUUCGUGCAAACAGAAAGAUUUCGAUGACAUGUAUGUGUACAAAGAAUACAAAAAACCAGAUAUAUACGAAAGAAUAAAACAUAAGAGAGAGAAACUCAAUAUUCUCCAAAUCUUGGUGUCUAUAUUUCCGAUUCUAGAAUGGUUACCGAAAUACAAAUGGCACACGGAUCUCUUCCACGAUAUAGUAUCCGGAUUAACGGUAGCUAUAAUGCAUAUUCCACAAGGAAUCGCUUACUCGAUAUUAGCAGGUGUACAACCUGUCGUUGGAAUUUACAUGGCUUUUUUUCCUGUAAUUAUUUACGCAAUGAUGGGAACUUCUCGUCAACUGUCAAUGGGUACUUUCGCUAUUAUUUGCAUGAUGGCUGGCAAAUCUGUGAGCGAGUUCGCUAAUGGCAAUCCGUAUACUGCCAUUCAGGUAGCUUGCGCGGUCACAGCAGUGGUUGGCGUUUGGCAAGUACUUUUCGGAGUAUUUAGAAUGGGUUCUUUGUGUGUGAUAUUAUCGGAGCAUUUAAUCAGCGGAUUAGUCACCGGAACUGCGAUACUGGUUAUUAAUUCGCAGCUGAAGCAUUUAUUUGGUUUAAGUCUUCCUAAGCACAACGGAUCGUUGAAAGUUAUCUACACUAUGACAGAUGUGGUAGAACGAUUCAAAGAGAUUAAUUACGUAGCAUUUGCUAUUACAAUUACUGUAAUGGUUGUGCUGUUAUCGUAUCAACAGUUCUUAAAAGAUAGAGUGAAGAAAAAAAUACCUAUUCCAAUUCCAACCGAAUUGAUUGCAAUUGUUUCGGGGACUUUAUUAUCUAAAUAUUUCGAUUUAGCCACGAGAUUCAAAUUGACUACCGUUGGGGAAAUUCCUACAGGAUUUCCUGCACCUGCAAUCCCUCCAGUAGAAUUAUUUCCAAAACUAGUCAUGGAUGGACUUGUCAUAGCUGUUAUUUCAUUUUCUGUAAAUAUUUCUAUGGCUAGUAUAUUCGCAGAAAAACACCAAUAUCGGAUUAACGCUAAUCAAGAGCUUAUAGCUGCGGGAGCAUCUAACAUAUUCGGAGCGUUCUUUUCAUGCGCUCCUUUUGCAGCUUCGCUAUCGCGUAGUCUUAUUCAAGACACUACUGGUGGACGUACUCAGCUCGCCAGUUUAAUUUCAUGUUCCUUUUUAUCAUUAGUGAUACUUUUUAUCGCACCAUUUUUCGAACCAUUGCCACAUUGUGUUUUAACAGGUAUAGUUUUCGCAGCUAUGAAAGGCAUGUUGGUCAAUGUGAAAGAUUUUUUUACUGCUUGGCGCCAAUCUAAACCAGAUGGAUUUAUCUGGUUGAUGACCUUUUCUUCUGUGAUACUAAUCGAUAUAGAUAUCGGCUUAUGUGUCGGUGUGAUUAUCUCAUUGCUCUACAUCACAGUUUUGGGACAAAAAGUCAAGAUUGAGGUUUUAGGCAAUAUUCCAAAUACCGACAUAUACGUUUAUAAAAAUAAAUACCAAGCGGCUGUACACAUUCCUGGAGUUCUCAUUUUGCACAUCGUUGCUGGAAUGAACUUCGCUAACAAAGAAAGCAUCAGGCAGGGAAUUUAUAAGAAAAUUAACAAGCAUAAAGAUUUAAAAAUGACAUACGCGAUAUUAGAUAUGUCAGCAGUUUCCUACAUUGACCCGUCAUCUGUGAAGUGUUUAUUACACAUGUACGAAAACCUCAAAAGCAAACAUAUUACCCUUUAUUUAGCAAAAUGCUCAAGUAGUGUAUUGAAAGUAUUAUUACGCUGUCGUUUUUUCGACGUUUUCCCUGAAGUACAGCUCUUUCCAUCGAUUCAUGAAGCUGUUUUACAUGUUCGAUAUUCGUAAACGUUUCUGUGAUAUUAAUUCUUAAAUAUUAAUAAGGAUUUCUUUAUUUCUUUCUUUCCUUUUUUAUUAUUUAAAUUUGUCAAUUUUUAAAGUUACAUUAUCGAACAAUUGAUUUUGUCGAUUCGUUGUUUUGCAUUCGAAUUUAUUAUUUUGUUGUAACAGUUUCUUUAUAAGGAAAUAUGUAUGUAUGAAAGUUUAUAUUUUAUUUAUUUGUUUAUUAAUAAACUAUUAUUUUUUUAAAAAGAAAAUUUAUGAUGUCUUUUAAAUAAAACGUUUUCUGUGA